UUCUCACCUCUAAAACUCAGAUACUCUGAGUCUGAUGGGGUUAUCAGCAUCGAAGAGGGUGGAGAAAGCCCUUCAAGACUCUCCGGAAUUCAACGCUGCCUGCAAUUCUGUCUACGAAGAAUGCCUCGAAAUGGCCCAACACAUCGACGCCGGCGUACGGCCCUACCAGCUCGCCAGCGCUUCGGAACGCCUGCAUCAGAGACUCUAUUCUUCACUUCAACACGUUCAUCUCUUCAAGAAGUGGCUCCCAACGCCUCCCAGUCGGACCCAGAUAGACAAGGCGAUACGAGUCAUUAUUGAACGAUUCAAGAUUCCAUCCGAUGGAGGUGAAACUCUAUGUCUGUUGGAGUUCAAGGCCUUUGCCGUGGAGCUCUUCACAGAUGCCAUCGUGUCUAACGCUAGUAAAGCGGUUCUCCGAAGAAUCCCAAUUGGACUCGCUGGAAUUGUCGGAAUCGGAGCCGCUACGCGGUCGGGAAGGGAUUUGGUGGGGAUUGUGAUGGGGAUUUACUCUCUCGGCAUUGCCGCAGUUGUCUAUGGUAGUCUUUCUGGUUAGGGUUUCUUCACUUUUUCUUCUUCUUGCGUCUCUCCCCUCCCCGAACUGUAUU